GUUGAAAAUCCCCGCCGUCCUCAUGAUGCUGCAUUGAGGGUCCAUCUCAGUGUCGCAUUUGAUUUCAUGUCAUCGCCCUUUCUUUCCUUAUCUCGAUGCCAUAAUCAUAUCAUUUCCAAACGCCUUCGUCAUUGAGUUGUCGGUACCCAGGGCAAUCACGAUGCUUGAACCCAAGGACUUUCCUCAGAUGUGGCAAAAGCCUUCAAGCCAAGAUCUGCGUUCCUGUCUACAGAGCCUGGAAAUGAGCCCAACUAUAUGGAGCCAUAUGAGCCGUCAGCCACAGAUUGAGGAGGACCAAGAGGCUACAGCAUAUGUGCGACGCGAGAUGUCGAUGUAUCUUUCCUCCAUUGUCAAGAGUGGAUUGACCUGGAUUGAUGACGAAGAGGAGAAGGAAUUCAUCUGGUCAGAGGCGAGCCGGAGAUUAUCAGAGCGUUGUGGCAGAACAGCCAUGGGCGAAAUCACACGUCGUUGGCCUUGCAGGGGAAGCGAACAACCAAAUGAGUUCGAGUUGAUAAUCCGAGAGCCGCCGCUGACCGGAGAUUCGCUCGGACACAAGACGUGGGGCUCAUCCUAUGUACUCGCAAGGCACCUUCCACAGCUAACGUCAACUUCGCUGGCUCGACUGUUUGCCGAAAGUCAGAAAGAGUCUCGGCUUACCGUUCUUGAGCUCGGAUCAGGAACAGGGCUUCUCGGUAUCGCUGCAGCAGCUUUGUGGAAGGUCGACAUUGUUAUGAGCGACCUACCUGAAAUCAUGGCCAACUUGCAUCACAAUGCUGAUGCGAACCGAUCCGUUGUUGAGUCUCUCGGGGGCUCGCUGAAUGAUGGUGCCUUGACAUGGGGUAGCACAUCCAAGGGUGAAGUCGAUCAAGCGCUGUUCGGUGAGAAGAAUCAAUUCAAAAUUGUUCUGGCCGCGGACCCAAUGUACGACGAUAUUCACCCUGUUCUUCUCGCUGGUGCGUUCUCAGAGCACCUGUCAUUCGACAGCGACUCGCGAGCCGUCGUUAUGGUUCCCUUACGUGACGAAACGACCAGGAACCUCCUAAAGACCUUCAGAGCCUCUAUGGAAGCAGGCCCGGACGUAUUGCAAUGCAUAGAGGAGGGCACGCUCGACGGCCAGGAUGAUUGGGGCGAGGGCGACGACAGCUCUUUGAUUAGUUGUUGGUGGGGUGUGUUUGCUCGCACCCAGGCAAACGCAUAAGGACGACUGAAAACAAGUCAACAAUCUACCUGAAAUGGUUGAGUUUGCUGGUGGAGAGCAUUCCUAUAUCCCACCGCCCCAUGGCGGAAUAUUUACACCACAGCACGAGGGCUCUCAAUGACGUACGCCUCUCUUCGUAACCCAACACUGAGCACCUGCCAGCACUGAAAGGUAUCUUUCUGCUUUAACCUGGCAACCGCGGUCUGGAGAAACAAAGAGAAUGGAGCCACAUAGUCAGACCUGCCCUGAGCCGACCACCACCCCGUCCUAUCUACCCCUUUUAGUCACGACCAACCUGACCACGCCCUGUGCGACCUUCUCACAGUGCAGAAUACCAUAUCAAGCCCAGCCCAUCGGUGAUUCACAAUACUGGACUCUCGGGUAUAAAGUCGAGCAGGUCAUGGAUCAGAUACGACUUCACAAUCCUGCAAUCGUACAUACCAUGCGCAUGACUGAAACUCUACAUCAAGUCUGUGCGUCCCAAACAAUUACGGCUUCUUCAAUAAUAAAUCCCCAAGAGAUUCAAACG